AAACACUUGUAAUUUUCAAUUUGAAGUAUCAAAGUACAAUUUUGAUGAUUAGAAUUUAGAAAAUUAUUGCAUAAUGAUAUGUGUGUACAGUGUAGUAUAUUAAAAAAAUUAACAAAAUGGCUUGACAUCAGUAGAACAAUCUAGUUUAAUCUAUUUUAAGGAUUCAAUUGCAAUGCCAUAUGUCCAUUCAAAUCUUACUAUUCUUUACGGUUCACAAACUGGUAAUGCCCAGGAUAUUGCGGAAAGAAUUUGGAGAGAAUCCAAACGUUACUAUUUCAAGAGUUUAGUUAAAUCACUAGAUGACUACGAGAUAUCCAAAUUAUCUGUCGAUGAAUGUGUAAUAUUUAUAUGUUCAACUACAGGUCAAGGAGAAGUUCCAGAUAAUAUGAAAAAGUUUUGGAGGUUCAUUCUGAGAAAGAAUUUACCUGCAGGCAUAUUAGAUCAUUUGAAAUAUGCAGUUUUAGGAUUAGGUGAUUCGAGCUAUGUUAAAUUUAAUUUUACUGCUAAAAAACUUUUUAAACGGCUGCAACAACUAGGAGGUGUUCCUUUUGUUCCCAUUGGGUUAGGUGAUGAUCAACAUGAUUUAGGAUAUGAUGCUGUUACUGAUCCUUGGAUAGAAAAUCUUUGGAAACAAUUAUUAACUUUAUAUCCUCUCCCUGAAAAUGUGAAACCAUCAAAAAAUGUUUCUGUGCUUUCUAGAUGGACUGUUACUUCGAAACUUCUCAGAAAUGUGAAUAAUGUUAGUAUAAAUCAAUCCAUUUAUUAUUCAACAAGGAAAAUAGAUCAUUUUGAUGUUACUGUAACUGAAAAUAUACAGCUAACAGAACCAUCACAUUUUCAAGAUGUGAGAUUAAUCAAAUUCAAAAUCAGUGAUCAAAAUUAUAACCCUGGUGAUGUAAUUGUUGUGAGACCAAAGAACUUAGAAUGGAAGGUACAAGAACUAGAAGAAGUAUUUGUUACAAAUGGAGUCAAUUUUUCUCAAGAAACAAUUGUUUCACUCAAGGAAAAAGAAUUUGAAACUCCUAUUCCUGAUGUGCUGAAGUAUGAUAUACCUCUAAGACAAUUGUAUAGUGAGUAUUUUGAUUUGAUGGCAAUUCCUAGGCGUAGGACAUUUGAAAUUUUGGGUAGUAUAACAGACAGUGAAUUGGAAAGAGAAAAAUGUAUAGAAUUUACAACUGCUGAGGGGCAAGAGGAGUUUUAUAAUUACUGCAAUAGACCUAAAAGAAAUAUUGUUGAAGUAUUGCAAGAUUUUCCUAAUGCUACUAAAAAUUUGACUUUAGAUAUAUUAUUUGAAAUAUUUUCACCAAUGAAACCUAGAGAGUUUUCCAUUGCCAGCAGUUGCAGUUGGCAUAAGAAUGAAAUUCAUUUAUUACUGGCAGUUGUUAAAUUUAAGACAAAAUUAUUGAAGGAGCGAGUUGGUUUAUGUUCGAAUUUCUUGGCUGGUCUUCAACCAGGUGAUAUAUUAACUGCUUGGAUAAGGAAAGGAAGUUUUAAAUUCCCUACUGAUGCAGUUCCUAUAAUAAUGGUGGGACCAGGUACAGGAUUAGCUCCAUUUAGAAACUAUAUAUUUGAGUGUGCCCAUAAAGGAAUAGCAUCUGCAAAUAAUAUAAUUCUCUUCUUUGGUUGCAGAAAUGAGAGCAAAGAUUUUCUUUGUGCAGAAGAACUCAGAAAAUUUCACGAUGAAAGAAGGUUGAAUUUGAUUUGUGCUUUCUCAAGGGAUCAAGAACAGAAAGUUUAUGUACAAGAUAAAAUAAGAGAAAACAAUAAUCUUAUAUGGAACCACUUGAAGAGAAAAUGUUUAAUUUUUAUAGCAGGUAAUGCAAAGUGUAUGCCACAGGAUGUUAGACAAGCCUUCAUAGAUGUAUGUAAGGAAUGUGGUAAUAUGACAGAUAAUGAAGCAGAAGAUUUUAUCAGUAGAAUGGAAAGAGAAAAUAGAUACCAAACAGAAUGUUGGUAAUUUAAUACUGUACACAAUGUUGGCAGAAUAAACAAUUCUUGAUUUU